ACAGGUACAAACUCUUAACUCUUAGCUUUUCUUUUUCAAUUGACUCUCGCGCUCUCUAUUUAUUAUCCAUGAUCUCGUCUCUGCCAUUUUUCUAUGUUCAACCCAAAACUGUUAUCACUAUUGAUUGACUACCAAUUUCUUGAUUUCUUUACCGGAAAGAAAGGUUCUAACAAACGAUUAUUAUGCAUAUAUAUUGUUUGUUUUAUUUUCAAGUUCCGUAUGAGUUUUCUUGGUAUUUGUCCUUACUAAAAACUUGUUGCCUAUUUUCUUGUUUAGAAUUGUAAUAAAAUCUUGUUUAACUCAUCUUUGUUCUGAAAUUUGUUGGAGCGCCAGAGCUUUGUUUAGAUCAAGAAAAAGAACCUUAAUGGGGGCAUUAAGUGGUAAGCUACCAGACGAACUCAUGAAAGAUAUUCUUGUACAGGUUCCUGCGGAGUCUCUCGCACGACUCAAAUGGGUUUCCAAAUCAUGGCACGGUUUGAUCACUGACCCAUCAUUUGCAUUCCAACACCACCAUAAGAACGAUGGCUUGUCAUCAACUUCAAUACUUUUGAGUUGGGUUAGCUCUGAUUUAACAGGGGAUGAGGAAAUGAAGCCAUUACGUUCUGCGUUUAGAAUCCCUGAGGCUGUUUAUCCUACCGACUUCUUUAACCUCUUUCAUUGUAUGAGUGAUUUUUUCGACCAUUUACCUCAUACCUAUUAUUGGGAUGAGAUGUAUGAUUUUUAUCGUACCUAUCAUUGUAAUGGAAUCAUUUGUAUAGCUCAGUACUUCAUGGAUAAAGGUCAAUCUGUUCUCAUAAAUCCUGUUAUUAGAGAAACCAGGAUUCUUCCUGCAACAUCCAUUAAUGAUCGUGGUAUUGUGAGGACUCAUGGAGAGGGAUUUGGAUACGAUUUGCAGGCUAAUGAUUUUAAGUUGGUCAGGAUUUUUGGUCAUCGAUUUACAUGUUCAGCCGAGUUGUACAGCAUGAAUUCCGAUUCUUGGAAAGAGAUUGUAAUUGAUGAAGAACUUGAAGAAGCUCCUUUUUGCCGAGGCAGAGGAGUAUUGUGCAAAGGAGUUUUUUAUUGGUUGAUGUUAUUAAACACUGGGUAUGAAACAAUUCUUACUUUUGACAUGUCUACUGAGGAGUUUCACACCAGGCCACCACCAGUAGGUCCAAUACAAGGGGCAGCCAAUGACAAUGAUGAGGAGUUUCUCAUUGUUGAAUAUGAAAAGUGCCUUGUAGAAUGGAAUCAAUCAGUUGCCUUGCUUAUGGUAAAGGUAGAGGAAUUUGAAGUGAAUCUUCCUUGUACUAUUGAAAUGUGGGUAUUGGAUGACAACAAUGAUGGUGAAUAUUCUUGGACUCAACAUCCAACCAUUGGGAACUUUGAAACCUAUUACUCCCCUCUAAUAUUUUGGAACACAGAUGAGCUUCUCAUGGUAAACUAUCGUCACGGAGUAGUGUCUUACAACCUCAAUUACCAAACAUUUAGAUCUCUUCUCAUUCCUAGGCUUAAUGUGAGCACCUGUAUAUCCAACUACUAUGUCCAGAGUUUGAUUUCUGUUAAAAGAAGAGACGACUAGCCUAGCUUCCGAAGCCUCGUUUCAGUUUCAGAUGAACAUUAGUUUUUAUGUUUUUGUUUAUAUUGAUGUUUCCACAAUAUUGUUUUCAGUUACGAAACUAUAGUACUUCUUUUGGUUGUCUUUGUUGAUCUCUAUAAUAAUACCACUCUUGUUAUUCAAA